GACAAAAGCUUAUGGAAUCAUCUUAUUAGUCACCUUAAAAAGAAAGAGCUUCUUCCCGUUGUCGUUUUUGUUUUCUCCAAAAGAAAAUGCAAUGAAUACGCCAAUUGCUUACCAAAUUUAGAUCUUUGCGUUGCGCGUGAAAAAAGCCAGAUUCAUACAAUUAUUGAACAUAGUUUAACACGAUUGAAAGGAUCAGAUAAAAAGUUACCACAAGUAUUAACUAUACGUGAAUUACUGAGUAGGGGAAUUGCAGUACAUCAUGGAGGAUUACUUCCAAUAAUUAAAGAG